AUGAAGGGGUUAUUAGGCAUUCUAUUCCUAUGUAUAAGUGUGGUAUCGCUAGUUAUCGAUAAGCAUGCAUUAAUGGAUAAAUUAACUGUGCAAGAAAUCAAUUUCUUAUACCGUGAUCCGCUAAUCACACAUAAAGUACAUAUUGAAAUCACCAAACUUGCAAAGCGGAAGAACAAGGAUGGGGUUAAACCUGUUGUUAUCGGGGAAAUACACGCUGGUCUCUUUGGUUAUACCGUGCCGUUCACUGUAAAUAAUUUUAUCCAGUUGGCAAACAAAACGAAUGGGUACGGAUAUGAUGAUAAGACAUUAUUCCACCGUGUAAUCAAGGAUUUUAUGAUUCAAACGGGAGACUAUCAGUUUGGGGAAGGGUAUGGAGGACAUUCCGUUUACAAUAAUAAGGGAAGGUUUAGAGAUGAGAAUUUUAAAUUGAAGCAUAAUAAGCAAGGACGGAUGUCUAUGGCCAAUGGGGGUCCUAAUACCAACGGAGGACAGUUUUUCAUUACAACAAAAGACGAAUGUUCGUGGUUGGACGGGAAACACGUUGUAUUUGGCCAGAUAAUUAACGGAUUUGACACGUUGGAUCUCCUCAAUAGUGCUCGAACAGACAAGAAUGACAGACCCAAAGAAGAAUACGUGAUGUCUAAAAUAACAAUAGAAACCUUAGACGAAGAUUAUCUUAGCACUGUAGAUUUGUCCAGAGUUAAUGAUAUCGGGUAUGAUAUCAUGGUUGGGGAAACAUCACUGAGUUAUACGUAUAUUUCUCUCUUUUUGCUCUGUGCGGCACUCGGAAUGCUUUAUAGAAGAUGGCAUUACAGAAGACAAGCUUUCUCUGAUAUGAAGGAUCCUGAUUUUUACUAA